AUGGCUCCCAAGAAGACAGCCGCCGCUCCCAAGGAGAAGGAAGAGGUGACCCUCGGUCCCCGUGUGGCCGACGGUGAGCUCGUCUUUGGCGUUGCCCACAUCUUUGCCUCUUUCAACGACACCUUCGUCCAUGUGACGGAUCUGUCCGGAAAGGAAACCAUCUCGCGUGUGACUGGUGGCAUGAAGGUCAAGGCUGAUCGCGAUGAGGCUAGCCCCUACGCCGCGAUGCUUGCCGCCCAGGAUGUCGCUGAGCGCUGCAAGCAGAUUGGCAUCAACGCCCUUCACGUUAAGCUGCGUGCCACCGGUGGCAACCGCACCAAGACCCCCGGUCCCGGCGCUCAGUCGGCUCUCCGUGCCCUCGCUCGCGCUGGCAUGAAGAUUGGCCGCAUCGAGGAUGUCACCCCCAUCCCCUCGGACAGCACCCGCAAGAAAGGUGGUCGCCGUGGUCGCCGUCUGUAA